AUGGUGCUUAAAAGCUUGAUUCGUCGUUUUUCUUCUUCUCCUUCUUCAUUCAUAAAACCAGCUACAGGUAAUGAGAAGUCGAACAAGUUCUGGGAGGCAGAACUACCACCGAAUUUUGACAGAAGUAGAAUUGAGAAAUUUAUCCGCACUAAGUAUGAAGAGAAAAGAUGGGCUCCAAAGGGAGAAACAAAACUAGCUGCAAAAACUACUGAAACGAACCAUAACAUUGAUAAGUUCCCAGAAGGAGUCAAAGGUUGUGUUUCAAGAAAACCAAGGGCACUCUCUCUAGAGGAUGAGAUUUUUACCAAGCACAUCUCAAAUAAAUCCUCCAGCAAUGAAGUCCCGAAGGGGGUUUGCAUAUUAAAGACCAUAUUCCCUAUGCAGCGAUUGGCAGAUUUGAACAUGGUCAUUGCUUCACCUUUGCUGCCACCACCAUUGAUAGAACUCAAUACACCCACAAGGAAGACAAAUGGAGCAUCUGAAUUUUACAACGCUUUACCCUUUUGGUUUUUAGAAAUUAAUAAUGAGGGUGAAACUGCCCUUGAUUUUGUUUUCGGGUUGACAAUCCAGGACAAUCUCUUCACCCGAUCUUAG